AUGUUCAGAUCGUGCCUUGUCACCAUCGUCAAUGGCUAUUUUGGAAGGAUGGGCAAAGACAACAUCAUCAUCUCCACCACAAUCAUUUUCAGCAGCAUCUUUGCAAAUCCCGGAUCAGAAGCGUGUGGAUACUCGAGCACCAUCAACAACAACACGAAGAACAAGAGUGUCGCUGACGACAACAACGGCACUUGCUCACGAUCAAGGAAGGAAAGCAGAAUCGAGAGGCUAUUUGUGGCUCCUAAAUCCAGUCUUUUGCGUCUUGUGAUUGAUGGUAUCCCUAUUCAUGUCUUUACAUGUUCAACAACAACGGAAUUAGGUCACAUGGGUCAACAAUCGCAUAUUGCAAUACACGGGCCGGCCACUUCAAGAACAUUUUGGGACCUGGUUGGUUAUCACAUAUGCAUCCUGAUGAUCAAAUGGCGUGUCGCAAGGCUUGAAAUGGCAUUUGAGCAAGGCAAUGGAUUUGCUGGCGAGUAUCGACUACGACGAUUCGAUGGCAAUUAUCCUUCUUUUUAUGGCGUAUUGUCACUUCGAGAUCUUAAAGGAAGGAUUAUUCAUUGGUUUGGAACAUGCACCGAUGUCCAUGAUCAGCAUAGUACUAUACGGCAAAUGGAAAUCGAGAGCAAUGAGCGCAAAUACAGGUUACUUGCUGAAGCCAUCCCACAGAUCGUCUUUACCUUUUCGCCUGGUGUUGGUGUGACCUAUGCCAAUGAGAAAUGGGAAUGCUAUUCAGGCUUUGACUUUGAUCGUACCAAAGGCUUUGGGUUCAUGUCGCAGGUGCAUGCCGACGACCGCAAUGUUCGCUGGUUUGGUACAUGCACGGAUAUCAAUGAUCACAAGCUCUUGGAACACAAGCUCAAAAACGUGCGGCUCAAAAUCCAUGGAAAGCAAGACACGAUUCUUAUCCAACAUGUCACAUGGUAUGAUUGA